UGACAGGCAGCCAUUCCAAAGGCGCGCGCGCUCAUUACACAACAUCACAGCAACCGCCGUCAGAGGGUCCCCUCGUGCGCUAUUAAAGGGUCUCCUCCGUCCAAACAGAGCCAGAAACCAUGUCGUACUCCACGUUCGUCGCAUCCCUCGCGCGGGCAAACUCAAGAAACUUGAGGAACUUCGCCGUUCCACCUGCAAGAUGUCGGUCGACGGUCGCAUCCCCGAAGCGACAGGAAGAGAAGGAGCAGAUGGAGGAGUGCACCGUGGUGGAAGCUCAGCCAUUAGAGUUGAUCAGCCAGACGAAAAAUGUGCCAAACACGCAGGAGAAGAGCAUUCACAUCGACUUUGAUAACACACAGGAAGCCUACAAAAGCAAGAGGAACAUCGAGCUGCUCCGGAGCCUGCUGGUCUUCAAGCUGUGCACGUUUGAUGUUCUCGUUGAGAGAAACAAGGAGCUGAUGGAGCUGAGCAAGAAGCUGCUGGGUCAGCGCAUGUUCGAGAAGCUCAUGAAGAUGACCUUCUACGGGCAGUUUGUGGCCGGGGAGGACCACAACGCCAUCAAACCCCUGAUCCAGAAGAACCAGGCGUUUGGGGUGGGGGCCGUGCUGGACUACAGCGUGGAGGAGGACCUGACCCAGGAGGAGGCUGAGAGAAAGGAAAUGGAGUGAGUUCAGGCUUCAAGAACAACCAGGAAAUG